CCCAAUCCGACAUCCGCUCCCGUAAAACGUUACAAGCCCGUUGAUCGCAAAGUCCGACCAGUACCCUCAUACAUGCCGAACCCCUCUGCGCAAACCUUCAAGCCUAUUCCAUCACCAGAACUCGAGCCGCUUCCCUUGGAACCCCCAUCAUUAGCCAAUUUUGAGCCUUCUGAACGCCUCACGCGAGAGCGUCUUCAAAUAAUACUGGAGACUGUCCCUAGCGGGUUUCUCAAUGCACGUGAGAUAGACCUUCUUGUCUUCGUACUAAAGGAGCGCCAAUUCGCACUCGCAUUCACUGACGCCGAACGCGGCACCUUUUCUCCUAGAUACUUUCCGGACUACGAAAUUCCUACCAUCGAACAUGUUCCUUGGCAGCUGCCGCCCAACCGAGUUCCGCGAGCAAUUGAAGAUGAUGUA